AUCGUCGGUGAGUACACACAGAGCUUUCCUCUACGAAUACGAAAAUUAAAUAUAUAGAAGACAAAAAAACGAACGUAGGCCCAAAAUGCGUGUGUUUCAGUUAUUCUUUGAAAUGUUGAAAAUAUUAUGAUCAUCUAAUAAUAUACGUUCAAAUAAAUUAACAAAUGUCCACCACGUACGAUGAUAUCAAAAGAACCGCACAGUCUUUAAUCGAGCGCAAAAAGCUUCAGUGGGCGCGCGAAAGAGAAGAAUUGGCCGGGCUAUGCGAAAAUGUUCCGUGGGGUAGUCGGGAAUCGCUUCAGCUCUACGAUAAACCUUAUUUGAGAUCGAAAUAUGCUUCGAAAUAUCAGAAGGAGAACGAAUACGUACGCCGAGAUUCCUUCGCAAGUUCCCAGGGACGGCCCAGUCUUCCACCGCUCUAUAAGAACCAGAACGUUAGUUAUACGUCAGACGAAAAAUUGGAUAAAGAGAUGGGUGGCGAGACGUCAGGCUAUGGCAGCGACAACCCGAACCAGACUCCGGAGUAUCUUCCACCAACUAACUGGAACAAUCAUCAUCUUGGCUAUGAGUCUUCAUCCAGCGGAAGAGAAGACCGCCCUAAAUGGAGAGACAGAGGGGUACAUGUAGGAAAGUUCUGGGAGCCGAAGGAGGUGCAAAGUUUCCUCAAGAGCAACGAUACACCGGGAUGGGUUAAGCGCGGACUCGAUGGUGACACGGAACUCGUUGUCUCCAAUAAUUCUCCAGCAGAAUCACCGGAGCAGGACUAUCUCGAAAGGCCUUGCACUGGAUCAAGCAGCUCGCAAACUAGUUAUAUACGUGGUCAGAAUAUUCGGGUGGAGCCUUCAGAAUUGGCGGAACGGGAAAGGAAGAGACAAAUCGCUUUGGCGCAUCAAGAAGCCAUAAAGCAACAGCUGGAGGAGCGUGAGAGGAAAAGACAGGAGGAAAAAGUGAGAAAGAUACGAGAAGAGUACGAGGAGGAGGCGAGGAUCGCGCGAGAGCAGGACUUGGAGCGAAAGAGGCAGGAGCAGGAGAAUCGAAUUCGAGAGGAGAAAUUGGAAAGGGAGAGGAGGCGCAAGGAGGCGUUGCAGGAGGCGAUAGAGAUUGCUGAAAAGGAGGCAAAACAGGCUAAGCAGAAACUGUUGAAGCAGAAUCUGAAUAUAGCGGAGAACGUGGUGGAAGUUGAUAAGUUGAAAGUGGAGGUAAAGAAAGAUAAAUGUCCUGUCGAUAAAGGUGAAAUUAUUGAAUUGCCUUCGAUACACGCCGAAAAAUCUGUAAUUAGUAAUAAUAAUAAGGAUAACAAUAUUGAGUAUACUAAGGAGAAGGUUUCUCAGAAUAUCGAGAUGCCACCAGUCAAUAAUGAUAAAGUUAACAAUAAUCAACAGAAUAACAACAAUAAUAAUUCGAUGAUUAAUUUAAAUCAACAAUUGUCUCAGGAAAAUCUAGCUUUAAUGCUGCAAAACCCCUUGGAAUCGCUGCACACCGUUCAAUUCGCCGUGUUGAUACCAACGAUCAAUCCUGCUGCCACGGGUGCGGUUCCUGUUGCUGUUCCUUUGACUGACAGAGGCACGAUUAAUACAGCGAGAACGGAAAAUCGCAUAUUGACUCCAACGCAAUACCGCAACAAGAGAAUGUGCGAUAGCAGCACGCAGACGGACUUCACGGAGUUUAAGCAGGAAGACCACAGGGAGAAGUACGUGCGCGAGAAAUUAUCCAAUUUGGAAAUCAGCUACGAAGGAAGGUGCCGGAAGGAGAGGCGUUCGAGGAGCGAGUUCAGGGAGAACGUCGAAGAUCGACCCAAAUGGGGUGUGAAUAGACCUCCGACUCGAUAUUUGAAGCAGAGCGAAAAGGAUCCGCUUUAUCAGAGGAGGAAGAUGCGGCAGAAGAUGAGGCAAAUGAAGGGAUACGAGGAUAAAUGUCGCAAUUAUUCGCCGCAUUCAAGCGAUGAUAGUCAAACCGGAAGUCCGAGGACUUACAGGAAGAAGGGUUACGCGGAGAAGCAAUCACGAGCAUUGUGGAGGAAGAACGAGCAUGUUUUCGCGGAGAACGUUCGCGUUUACCAAACGGAGAUCGUGCCUAUAGAAUCUGAUAAAGAUCACAUCUACUUUAAGACGAAGACGCACCAGUGCUGCUGCAGGUGCAAGAGGGAACGGGAAAAGUACACGGAUCAGCUUAAGGUUGUCGACAUCCUGAAGAUCGAGCAUAAUUCGCCGAGGGAAUGUCUUCAGUACAAAAACGAUUUAAUCGAAGAUGGAAACAAACUACCAGAUUUUAACGGCGCACAUCAAGAGGAAGGAAACGAUGUCCUGGAAAAGUUAAACCUCAUUCAUCACGGCUUAAUGCUGAAACACGAGCAUUGGGACGAUACACCAUCAAACUCCAUGUCGUACUCUCCUAGCAGGCAUCCAUAACAAAAAAA